GAACUUGCAGAAUAUGAGAAGAAGUCUGACCAAAUAAAAGUCACUCAGAGAGACUUGGAGCAAGACGGCUUCUCCAAGAACCCGUUUUUUCACGGGAUUGUUGCCGAGGUGUCAGAUCAGCACAGAACCAAAGAUGGGCAUACGAAGAUCGGCUAUGCACUUUAUUUCUAUUCCUACAGCUCAUGGGCAGGCAGAGCUAUUUAUAUGGAGGACCUGUACGUAAUGCCAGAGUUCAGAGGGAAGGGCAUCGGAAAAGCUCUUAUGAGCAAAGUGGCACAGCUGGGUUUAGCUGCUGGCUGCAACCAGCUCGACUUCACCGUCCUGGACUGGAACAAAUCCUCUCUGGACUUUUACCUGAGCCAAGGCUGCUUUGAUAUUACUGCUACUGUGGGUUAUCACUGCAUGCGCUGUAAGGGAGAGGCACUGGAGCACCUGGCACAGCCUUAAUCUAACUCUGGAAUCAUGAAACAACAAGGUCAACCAAAACAACGCAGGGACGGCGCACCACCUGGUGCCCUAUUGCCAAAAGUGACCAUAGUAGUUGCUAUGCUAGUUGGCUAUUUGCAAAACCUUUGCUCCUUAAUCUAUUCAUUCAUUAUGCACCUGGUAAGGAAACAGCCAUCCUAAAAUUUAAUUCUGACUCAUAUCUGAAACACUAUAACAUCGAGAAUAUUUUGUUUAAUCCACAAGCAUCUUUUUGGAGUAAUAGAAAAGUUGUUUUAGUUAACAAGUUUUAGUUAGUUUAUGUUAUGUUUCUUUGAUGGUCCUUGGCUGAUAAAUUCUUGGAAACAAUAUAACAUAAAAGGUUAAAUUACAUAUUUGCAUUACAUAGGUUUACUAAAGAAAUAUAAGCUAAAAAGGCAAUGGAUGUUUACAAUAAUCGGGAGUUUGACCAUAUCUAGCAAAAGGUGAGCGCCUGAAAUAAACAAACAGAAAGCUUUAAUGUUUCAUUUAUGAAAAUCCCAUUUGCUAUUUGCCGUUAGCCAGCUAACCGAACUGCUAAGAUUCCCAAUUAAUUACAGCUAUGUCAUUAUUUAUUUUACUAUUGAAAAACACCCAUUACCAGAUUUACCGUUAGCAAGUUAGCCAUGCAGGCUAACAUUCGAAAGUGGUGGAAGUUAAGCAGUUUGAUCUGUUCCCUAAACUUUAAUUGUUUUUAAUAAAUACAAUUUUUAAAAAUCAUCAAAUUUACCUUAACAAUUUAACCAGGCCUGCAAAAACCCUUGACUAAAGUCUGAUUCAUACUUCUGCGUUGGUGCAAGGGCUAGACGAUGGGCUCACAGAGGGUGACGGAGACAUGGCCAAAAUUUUAAACAUCCGUCAAAAAUGACAGAGAUUGCAAGAUUGGUCAGGACUCCGCUUCCUGUGUAUUUGUCACCAGCACCAGUGUAGCUCCAUUAAAAAUUAAACAUAUUUAACAACAGACUGAAGAACACAUUGCGGAAAAAGUCCUAAAAUAUUCACAUUUAUUCACCCGUGAGUGAACAAGUACAAAAUACGGAGCAAACGUGGAUGAAAACGCCGGAAAUAUGGGUUUAGAGGUAGAGGUGGAGCAUGAAAGACAAAUUUGUCCGUUUUACAAAGUCUCUGAAAUAUAUAAACACAUUAGUAAAUACACCAUUGAGACUGGAUACAUGAGUGUUAUGGUGGCAGGACACCACAGCAAAGCACUACGCCCUCUGUUGUCCUGGUGGGGAAUUGCUUUACAGCGCUUCGCCAACUGAACAGAAGUACGAAUGUGAAAACCUUUCCGACACUCCGUGUGCGUCUCUGUUGCAGAGCUCACGGAGAAGUUUAAAUCAGGCUCUAGACCUAAAGCAAUCAGUUCUGUUCAAUUUUACUUUUUUAUGUUGAAAAUUCAAACACACCAGUUACUUAGCCUGGCCUGCCAGACUCGUCCUCUGUUCUAAUGCUUCCCAUAAAGAAGCAUGGGGCUGGCUGGUCAGGCUAACUGCUACUACCGUUAGCUAGAAUGCCAAAUUUGCACAAAUUACAGAAAUUGAGCACUUUGAUUCAUUACUUACUACUACAUUUGGGGUUAUGAUCAUUAAAAAACCUAAUGUGAUGAUAGCGAGCUAGCCAAACAUGCCAAGGUUCCCACCCAGCAAAAAACAACAGUUUAAACCAGCAGACACAUUUUUCAUGUGUUUGCAGCCCGUGAAAAACUAGAUUGUGUUACUUCCUAAUCCUAACAUGACCACCUGACAGAAGAUUAAUUCAUUCUUUCAUCUGCUUUUCAUUAUUGCAUCCAUGUCUACACAUUGUGAUUGUGGAAAUGAGGACUUUAUGAAACAGUGAUCCACACACUUAGCACACACUGUAUCCUAUCACUGUGUGUUGGAUGCAGUUUUGUGUAUAGGAACAGGAAAUAUGCAUCUAAAAUAUACUGUUACAGAAGCACAGGUUGGUUGUGUUUAAUGUGUUUUGUGAUGUACUAAGAUGGCACAUUUUCCAUUUGUCUCAAAUGUGAGCCUGAGAACAGUAAAUAGGGUCUUUACAAAGGCCUUGAUGUUACGUGUAUAGAGAAAACCCUUUUCUAUGUGUUUCAUGUUUUAAUUAUCUCUGUUUGACCAAACGGUGGCAGCAGUUGUCAAGGAUUAACUUAUCAGUUUCCGGUUGGGGACUUGUGUUCUGAUUUAAUGCACAUUACUGCUGUUGUUUUCUUUUUACUCUGCACCAGUUGGGCUCAACUAAAAGCCAGACCUUUGGACCAGUUCUUAGAAAAAUUGAUGAAUCCCAAAUUCAAAAGGAGAACAGUCCGUUCGGUGGAAUUUGAAACUCUAAAGAAACUUUCACAACUCCGAAGCUUCUCAUGAAAAAAUGGAAGUGGCAUUAUUCUAGUCUGUACAUUUAUAUUUAAAAAGGGAAUAUAUUUUUAUGUAGUUUUGUAUCUUUAAUGAAAUCAAGGUGAUUCUGGGUUGAGUUUAUUUUAUUUCUCUGUAAACAAAACACCCAAAUAACCAUUAUAAAACUUUAGCAGAUAUCGUGUUCAGACCACCUCCGAUGUGGAGAGCUGAAUCUUUGUCAUCAUUCUCCGUUGACAAAGUUCAAGACCAAACGAGUCAAUAAGAGUCUGAGGGAACAUGAGGUGUUUAUAUCUGCUCUUGCACAUCUUCCAGUCAGUGGGAGAUCAGAGCUAUACAUUAAUUUCCAGGCUGACUUUAUCAAACCACUCCUAAAACUAGAUUCUGGCUCUGGCCAAAUCUGGCAGCAAUAAAUCUCAAUAUGAGACUAUCACAGCAAAAACAGUUUUAUAUGGUUAUUUAUACUUUAGUGAACUUGAUCUGUCUAGUUAUCACCAUGCAGUGCUACUCUGUAUAUGUAAAUGAGACAUCUAUGUUGUGGAUGCCGUGUGUUUGGACCUGGCCUUCAUCAACCAAACAUGUUCAUGAUGGGAUCUGAGGUAAUAAUGUGUUAACAUCAUUGUGUUCAUCGUCUGUAAUUCUUGUCUAAAAUGGUUGGAAUAAGAGUAGGAACCGUGUCCAUGGGGUGAGUUUAGAAGAGCUUCUUCACCACAUUCAGCAACAGUAAAAAAUGCAAAAAUUGUAAUUAAUAUGUUUUUGAAGUUUAUAGUUUCAUAGAUUUAGAAACAAAGACAGUUUCAUUGAUUUUUGUCAAUCUGCUGAGCCAAAAAAGGCUACUUCAAAUCCAAUCUAGAGCCUGUACAUGUGUCAAACGUCAGUUUCAUUCAUGUGUAGUUGGUGAUUUUUGGUUACCCACUUCUGUGAUCCAUAAAUGUCAGUGGGCUAAGUGAUAAAACUAUACCAUACUACA